AGCAAGAGCCACAGGUCAGCCAUGAGGAAUCACACGCAAGUGACUGAGUUCAUCCUGCUAGGGCUCACGGAUGAUCCGGACUUGCAAGCGGUGAUUCUCCUCUACAUGUCUAUCACCUACGUUCUAAGUAUCACUGGAAACAUGACCAUCGUCAUCCUCACCCUGCUGGACUCCCAUCUCCACACCCCCAUGUACUUCUUCCUGCGCUGCUUCUCCUUCCUGGAGAUCUGCUUCACGUCAGCCUGCAUUCCCAGAUUCCUGGCUGCCAUCGUCACAGGGGACAGGACCAUUUCCUACAACUGUUGUGCAACUCAGCUCUUCUUCUUUUUUCUGCUGGGGGUGACCGAGUUUUACCUCCUGGCCGCCAUGUCCUAUGACCGUUACGUCGCCAUCUGCCGGCCUCUGCACUACACGACUGUCAUGAGCCAGAAAGUCUGCACGCUGCUGGUCCUCUGCUCCUGUCUGACCGGGUUCCUGAUCAGCUUUCCUCCCAUUAUCAUUGGCCUCCAACUGGACUUCUGUGGCCCGGUAGACAUUGACCACUUCUUCUGUGACAUCUCCCCUCUGCUCCUCCUUUCCUGCUCGGACACCGGGCUUCUGGAGCUGAUGGCUUUCAUCUUGGCAGUAGGGAUUCUCCUGUUCACCUUGAUGUUAGUGGCCUUGUCCUACACUGCCAUCGCCCGCGCCAUCCUGAGACUGCACUCCAUUCAGCAGAGGAAAAAGGCCUUUUCCACCUGCUCUUCCCACAUGGUCGUAGUCUCCAUCACAUACGGGAGCUGCAUCUUUAUGUACAUCAAACCGUCUGCCAAGGACAGGGUGAAUUUAAACAAGGGGGUGGCCGCGCUUUACACUUCCGUGGUCCCCAUGCUGAACCCCUUCAUCUACACCCUGCGGAUCCAGCAGGUCAAGCAGGCCAACAGGGACCUGGUACACCGAGCUGAAUUUUCCACCAAGCAGUGA